AUGUGAUUGCCAAAAUUCGCGAGGCCACACGACGUCGUUCAAUAUUGCCACAUUCUCAAGAAAACCUCGCGGGUUUUACUAUAAAGUAUCUAAUUUCAUAGCUCAAUACAAAAUUAGCCAACAAUUAAUCGUCAAUUUUCACGACAUACUUGUGAAUCAGAAUGGCAACAGAGCAACCAAAGGCAGCAGCUGAAGACGUCAAAAUGGAUCUGUUUGAGGACGAUGACGAAUUUGAAGAGUUUGAAAUUGAUCAAGAGUGGGAGGCGAAAGAGGAAGGAACAGAAGCUGCCCAGCAGUGGGAAGAUGAUUGGGAUGAUGAUGAUGUUAAUGACGACUUCUCUCUACAACUGAAGAAGGAAUUGGAAAGCAACGCGGAGAAGAAGUAACCAAACCUGCACUGGAUUGUUUCUUUCUCAAGAUUGAACCAACAGAUUUCUGUUCUGGUUCAGAUGUUUCUCAUUAUGUAGUACUCUUUGUUUCACCAAAUGCAAUGAACCUUAGUUUUCACCUUUUAAGCGUUUGUACUGAUACAUUUGGAUGCUCUACUGGUAUGUAAUGCAGUUUUCUAUGAACAUUUAAGUUUUAGCAGAAAAAAACUGACGUCGUCUCAUGUUUACCAUGCA